GACGGACGAUAACUUUAGCGGGGUUGCCGAAAAAGGGUGCGUAGAAUUCUCAAGUUCUAGAAUAAAUUGUCAGUUUUGUCAUUCCGUUAGGCUAGUAAAAGUGUAUAUUUUUCAUUGAGAUAGCAAAAUAUCUAGCUUGUUAAGAAGUACAGUGCUGACAGUAGGUUUUCUUGAAGCCUUAAAAUGGCAGUUAAUGUGUACAGUACAAAUGCAACAGCUGACAAUCUUAGUCGCCAUGAUAUAUUACACUGGGUAAAUGAAUCUCUACAGACGAAUUAUGCAAAAAUUGAGGAACUAUGUACAGGUGCUGUAUACUGCCAGUUUAUGGAUCUUUUAUUUCCAGGCUCCCUGUCUAUGAAAAAAAUCAAAUUCAACACAAAACUUGAGCAUGAAUAUAUAGCCAACUUUAAGGCUUUACAAAAUUCUUUCAAGAAAGUAACAGUAGAUAAGGUUAUACCGGUGGAAAGACUUGUAAAAGGAAGGUUCCAAGAUAAUUUCGAAUUUGUUCAAUGGUUUAAGAGAUUUUUCGAUGCAAAUUACCAGGGCCAGGAAUAUGAUGCUUUAGCGGCACGGAGGGGAGAAGCUGUAGGAUCAACUCUUAAAUCUUCAGCUUUAAAUAAAAACCCGAAACCUCCACAGCCCACACGAACAGUUUCAAAACCUUCGCCAAAGUCAACACCUAGUCCUGUAUCAAAACCAUCAAUUGGUAGAAUAAAUAAUCAUGGGCAUGGUGAUGCUGUCAAUGAAGGAUUACGUGCUGAGAUAUCUCAGUUGACAGUGGAAAAAGAAGGUUUGGAAAAGGAGCGAGAUUUUUACUUUGGAAAAUUACGUGAUAUUGAAGUUUUGUGCCAAGAAAACGAAGAAGAUCCUACUAUUAAAAAAAUUAUGGAAAUAUUAUAUGCCACAGAGGAUGGUUUUGCACCACCUGAAGAAGAUGGGCUUGUUGAUGGAGAGGAAGAACCAGAAGAAUACUAGUUAUCGUAAUAUCUUACCUACUAGACAUUUUCCAACACAAACAAUCUUGGUGUGAUAUUCCGAACAGCUCAUUUGAACAAUAAUAAUUUAGUCAUACAGACAAGAUGUAAAAUUAAAGUAUCAACCUCUGUGUGGCCUUUUCUUUUCAUUGUAUAUUAGGAGCAGUGAGAAAUAUUGACAGUUAUAAAUGUUAUUGUGCUUUAUUAGACAUUGUCUUUAUCAAUAUAGGUAAUGAUUGUUAUACGACAAUUUGUCAAGCAGAUGAUAAAUAAUCUGCUUUAUGCCUAAACAAGUUUGUCUUACUAAUAUUCCCUUUGACCUAAUAUAACUGUUUAUUGGAGAUAUACAAAAGUCAAAAGAAUUGAUUUCUCAUAGCUUGAACUGCUAAUCUUAUAUCAGUAGUAGAGAUAAGACACUGGACUAUGAAACAUAUUGAAGGAAUCCUCAAUUUUGUUUAUUAAUAAUACCACUAUUAAAGCUUUAAGUUAGUAAUACCAGUGGAUUGUGAAAUCAGCUUAUUUUAUAUUACUACCAACAACUGUCAAAUCUACAAUGUGUAUAUAUAUAUAAAUACUUACAUUGAUAUUUAUGCAUAUAGAGAUAAUGUAAAUCUGCUGAUCACAAAAGGUCUAGGUUAACUCUUUUUGCAACUUAGAAUCAUUUGCAUUUCUAAAAUAUUUUAUUUUGUUCAGUUGCAUGCCUACUCAAUGUUCAAACUAAGUGUCUUCUUCUUUAGGAGCUUAAAUGUUAUUUUUCUAUGCUCCAAUAGUUUUAUUAACUUGUAGGACAAUGGAAUAUCUUUUCAUGGCAAUAAUAUCUCACACUUUAAAUAUUAGGUAAACUGAUUAUACAUUUAUUUAUAAAACAUGUUAUAUUUUAAACUCUAAAUGCAUUUAGUACUAUUCCCGAUAUAAACUAUGGAGAAACAUAUCGAUUAUUAUCUUUAAAGUGCUAUUCAUUAUUAUUAUUAUAAUCAAAUUCGUUUAUUGGAAACGUGAACAAUUACAAACCUAUUUUUGUUUUAUUUUCGUCAAGUCCUAAAUUGUACAAUGGGUUAAUUAAAUCAGUUCAAAUAAAAAGUGCAAAGUAUAAUUUAUUACUUUCCUAAAUGAAAAUGACACCUCUGCUGGUAAAUUGUUUUUAUGUUAAAAUUGAUGUUAUUUUUGAAGUUUAUUUUUCAUCUAACUUUUGGCACGCUGUUCUAUUAUAUUAUAAAUAAACUUAUUCUGUAUCUUUUA